GCUGGCAGUCACUAGCGGGAGUUGAGGUGCGGAGUGACACAAGACUCUGGGGAUUGUGUUACUUAUGUUCUGUGGUUGUUUGAAGGACCACACUCGUGCAGCACCUCCGGAGUGAUCACGGCAGCAAGGAGGAAGAUGCACCAUGCCGGUGGCUGGCGGCCGAGUACAGAAGCGGGUUAACGAGCGCGCUGGCAACCACAACCUGGAUCCUGGCAACUUGCACAGUUCGGGUGCAGCCCAUCAUGAUGCCCUCCAGGAGGUGGCUGGCUGGCACAUGGAGGACUGGGAGGAGCUUGAGGCACUGCUGGAGAGUGAGCACCUCAUCUUGGGACAGGAGCACCAACAGCACCAGCAGCAGCGCUCCAGCUCAGACAUCAACCUCCUCCAGAGUCCAGAGCGUGUCCCACGGCUACCCCCUGAAGCACCUACUUCUCGUAGCAGCUCCCGCCGGUCCUUGCCUCGCACUCGUGGGGGCUUCUCUGUACCCCUCCACCAGUUGUCCUCAAUCCUCCUCAACAUGACUUUCUCCGACACCGAGGAUGAUCACCAGGGUGGCAGCAGGAACACGAGCAACGAACAAGACCGCUCCCUCAGUCGCUCCCGCACAGAGUCAGGUGUGAGCAAUGCCUCCACAGUCUCCCUGGCCAGUCCCUCCUCCUCUGCUGGGCUUGCAGCCACCUCCAAUGGGCCAGCUGCCUCAGGUAGUGCUGUAGGAGAGGACAUUGUGGCUGCAGCCCAGACAGCCUCCUCCAUGGUAGACAUGACGGGUGUGGACAAGAAGAAGAUUGUGGAGAAGCUGCAGCAGAUCCAGGGGUACAUCCAGCAGACCACUGCUGCAAUGGCUGCACUAGAACAGCAGGGAGACACUUCUAAGGUGGGACAGUACAACACCCUGGCCAAGGUGCUUAGGGACCUCAGGGGUUCUGAAGCCAAACUCAAGGCCCAGGCUGCCCAGAAUAAAGAGAGCUUACAGAGUGACAUAUAUGCUCGCUAUGUUCACCUCAAUAAGUCUCUCCAGCAACAGGAGGAAGAGUAUUUGGACAUUCUAGCGAGGUCUCUUGUUCUUAAUAAGGCUGCAGCACAGGUGGCCAAUGGGACGCAACAGAGCACAGCACCGAGCAGCUCUCCUGCAGCACAAGUCAAUGGCCGAGAGGAGCCGGUGACAGAGGAAGGCAGCCGUGUUGUGGGAAUGAUUAGCACGGACAAUGUGCGAACAAUGAGCUCGGAAAACGUGCGCUCACUGCAGGAUCGCCUGGCAGCCAGUCAGGAGGAAUCUGUGGCCAUCAUGAGCCAGAUGAGAGCCAGCAUAGCACGGAGGGAAGACCUCUUGACGCGCUAUAAGGCCACCCAGGAGCGCCUGGCCAACCUCAAGAGGCAGCGUCAGGGCAUUCAUGAGGAGAAGCAGCGUCUUCUGCAGCAGGGAGCUGGUGUUGUUUCUGCCUCAGGUGACACUCCUGAGGGAGAGGAGGACCCCAUCCCAGGUGCUGAGAAUUGGUCAUUGGAGGAGGUGACACGUGCAUUGGUGGACUUCCAAGCUUUGCUGGAAAAGGUGGAGCGGCUCACUACUGUCUACUCCAACAGGGCACAGGAUUUGGCUGCUGAUGAAGAGGGCCAAGCAGACAUAAACAACAAGCUGAGUCUACUGGCCAGCAGGCGGCGGCAACUGACAGAUGUAGUCGCCAGGCUUAAAAGAUUUCAGUUGCUGAGGCAGCAGGAGGAGAGAGAUGGUGCAGGUGAGGAGGGUGGUCACCGCACUGGCUCAGAUGCUCCUGCAGGGGCUCCAGACUUGAACCACACCCCAGCCUCUAACACCCUCCCUGGUAUAGUGGAUGAGGCAGCACCACCGUCCACAUUGGCAGCUUCUGUGCCCAGUGUCAAUGGGGAAGGAAGUGCAAGUUCCAUUAGUCAGGCAGCUAGUGUGAGAGCAGCUGCUGAAUCUGUUACCCAGGCCUCAGAGGAGCUGCAGUCCCGUAAGGCUCAGCUGAGUUCCCUCCAGAAGCAGCUGAGUGACAUGAAGAAGAUGCUUGAUAUGGCCAACAUGGUCAACAUGGCACGACAGGAAGUGAGGGAGCAGGUUGAAGGUGCUUGUUCUUUGCCACCUGCCACUGGGGAGCUGGAGGGAGCUGUGGCAGGGGAGGUCCUGGAGGUGUCAGGCAAGAAGAUUGUUCUGACUGAAGCUGAAAGGCAGAAUCCAGAAAUUGCAGCAAAAUACAAUCAGCUGUCAAAAGCCAAGGAGCGGUUGGCCAAGAUGGAAGAGGUCAUUGCUAUGAUCAGUCAAGCACGACAGAGUGGACAAAACCUGCGGGAUGUGUUGCCUCAGGACUAUCUGGCUAUACUGGAGGAAGCUGAGGAGGAUUUCCCUGACCCCAGCCGCCCUGCUCCCAUAAGCCCCCCUGCCCCACAGAGAUCUGUUGAGAUAGAAGAGGACAUAGGCAGGCUCUCCAGGCGCCCUACUCGUCCCCCUCGUAUGGGUAGUGCAGGCCACAGUGAGGCUGGGCCAGGGUUAGGCCGAGACUCACAGGAGAGCCGGGAGAUUUCUGCCAUGCAGCAGCGACUCAACAAGACCAGUACGCGGGUGUCUGCUGUCAAUGAGAGGUCAAGGCAUGGACAUGAGAAGGGUGCCAUCAAGAAGCAGCCCCAGGUGCUGUGGCAGGGCAACAGUGGGGGGAGCGGCAGCAGGGGAGGUGGGGCAGCAGAAGAUCCACGCCUGGCCCAGGUUUUAGCCUUGCAGGAGGAACUACGGCAGAAGAAAAAUGCACUGGAGGCCCUCAUGAGGCGCAUGGGCAAGUCCUCUUCCCUUAACAUGGACAACAUCUCCGAUAAUAUCUCUGACAAUGUCUCUGACACUUCUGACCACCUUGGGGAGACUCGGGGCACCAGUGGGGCAGCCACCUGGGGUGAAGCAGGUGCACUGCACCACUUCUCUGACAAUCAUUAUCAGCAGUCCAGUGAUGAUGACCUUAUUGAUGAAGAUGAAGCAGAUCUCCCUCCACGAAGCCAGGUCCGCCCACCACAGCUGCCACCUGGAGCCAUGUCUCCCAAGGACCGUAACCGCCACUCAGCCAGUCAGCACCGCCGCCGCCAGGACUCGGGCCGUCUCUCUGUUAACAACCUGUCUGCCACUCUUCCUACUCCCACCAGGACCAAGCACAACCGUCUUAGGUCUAGCAGUGCUCCUAAGGCCCUGUGGGAAUCUGUAGGCACACCUGAAGGCCCCAACUACAAGUCCCCUUCCAACACGACAAUGCAGACACAGCACAGCCUCAAUACUGCCCUCAAUCAGCUCAACCAAGUACAGGGGACCAUCAACACCCUGCAGGAAACCCUUCGCCAGGAGCAGAGUCAUGUCCUGGGAAGUUCCAGGGCUUCCCCUUAUCAUCCCCAGCUGGUGCCACCCCUCUUGCCAGAUCUCACUCCCACCUCCUUGCCCCCUGUGGCUCCUCCUAGCCAGGCACUUACUCCAAUGUCUGCCUAUGCUGGCUUAGGCUCCCUCGCCCUGGCUUCUCAAGGAGGUGGAGAGACGAUCAAUCAACAGCUGUUAGCAGGGAUGCAGCAGUGCUUCUCCCAGCUGCAUCUGCAUUCCCUGGAGAUACAGGCCCUAAGCAAGCACCUUCAGCUUUUGGAGAGGAGGGAGCAGACAGGCUCUGCUGCCAUGGCUGAUGUAGGGGAGGGCCUGUGUCAGGGUGGGAGGGAAGGUGCCAGAAGAAGUGAGGAGGAAGAAGAGGAUGAAGACAAUGAGGAGGAGGAAGAGGUCCGUGGAAGCACUCGGUCCCAUUACCCUCAUCAUCACAACCUCCUGGCAAACCCCAGUGGCCUGCGUCCUGGGAAGGAUGUAGGACCUGCCAGGACACCACAGGAUUCCUUCUCUGUGUUCCUUAGACAGCAGAGUGAAGGUGGGGGCAUGCCUUCCUCUGGUGUCACCAAUCCUAUCUAUGGGCAUCUUGGAGAUCUACGAGAUCAAGCAGGAGGCACCUGGGGCUCCCUGGCAGCCACCCCAGGCAUGGAACAACCAACUGAUACCUUAGGAUCCCUUCUGGAAGCAGGAGCUGGGGGUGGAACACUGGAAGGGAGCUCUUCGCACCCUCUUCUGCACCUGGGUCGCUUGGGGGAGCAGGGUAGCCAGUCCCAAGCCCCAGAGGCACACCACUGGGCCUCCCUUGCCUCCACCCACCCCCUGCAUCACCAGACCACUGACUUGCUCAAUAACCAGGUUCCGCCAGGCACACGUGCCAACAACUACUGGGAUAACUUCCGCAGCUAUUCCCGCCAGAACCUGCUUUCCACCACCACCAAGAGCAACACCAGUGACAUCCAUCCACCCUCCACCUCCUCGGUCUCUGUCCCCACUCACAGCGCUGCUUCUGCCCUCCAUCCAGGGCGGGAGGGCAUACGAGGAGAGGACAAGCGGUUCAAUGUGUCUGUGGGCCACAACAACACUAACUGUGGAGCAGGAGCUCGGGCCAGAAUGCCCAAUCCCCACAUCAAUAAUCCUCAGGGUCCCACCAAUCCCAGAGUGAGGAACCCUGUGGCUCCCAGCUCCAAGCACCUGCUCGGCCAGAACAAGCACAAGGCAAACAACAGGAACAAACAAACAGGCGACUUGUGGUCAGCCUCCAAGUGCAGUGAGAGGAACCUGCCAUCUCAGGAGCGAGGCUCAGGUGGCAGGAACCGGGGCUACCUCAACUACAACAGUGCCCGUGCCAAUACUAGUGACAGUGAUGGUGGAGGUGAGGGCACCAACACUGCCGGAGUGACACUGGAGGUGCUACGUGAGGCAGAGGCGCUGAUCCGUCGCCAUGCCAACCAGCCAGAGUUUCUGUUGCAGUUAUUCCGCCAUGCAUCAGAGAUCACUGUGCACACAGACCAGCAUGUGGCUGUAGCCUUGCUGCACGACCUGGCCACCCAGCCCCACCGUCCCUCCAGCCAUGGAGUGAAUGCCAACAUCCGAGGAAGCAGCCGCAGACAUGCUGAAGGCACCACUGGUCUGCCCCUGUCAGCCCCACUGAGAGACUCAUGGCAGCCACAGCCCCACCACAGCCAUCCCCAGAACACCCUCCCUCAGGAGAAUGUGAGUGUGGUGGGCCUGUCAGGGUCAGAGGUCAGCGAUAGUGGCCUGACUUCUGAGGAUGAGGACAACAGGGCUUUGUACCGCAAUGUAAAGAACCUGAGCCUCAGUCCUGGUGGAGCAGUGGCAGCCCCUCCUGCACCCCCUGGGGAUGUGAACACUGGUGCCCGGCCACAGUACCCCCAGCCACCACCCCUCCACUCUGGCCCUCACUACAACCACAACUACCACGACUUCCAACCACACGGCCACCACAACCUCUCCAAUCCCCCCACCACACAGGGAGGGGAGAGCACUCGCAGUGUUGCCAAUUCAGAGAGUUCCCUGUAUGACCACCUUGUGUUUAAUGACUCUCACCUGGCCAGCAGACAGGAGGUGGUUGAAGACUGGGUGAGGCGAGGAGUGGAGGAAGAGGCUGGACCCAGCAAACUCCCAAACCAGCCAGACACUGCUGGCUCCUCCCCAGAGGAUGCCCAUAACCUCAUCCAUCCUCUGAACAAUGACACUGAGUACCUCACCUUUGAGACCCUAGUGGCCUCUGCUGUGAGGGAGAGCACUGAAGUACUGCAAGCACAGGCUUGUGAGGAUGUGGCCUCCCCUCUCCUGCUCAACUCCCUCCACCACAGUCUUGUAGCCCAUAUCCAGACUCGAGCCCAGUCCCUGCGGCUGCCUCAGAGCUUUCUAUUCUCCACGGACACUGAACUCAAAUCUGCCCUCCAAAACUUUGCUGGGAAACCGCUGGCACAGGUGAGCAGCGAUGUGCCCUCCAUUAUCUCCCAAGUGCUGCUGACCCAGUAUUGCUCAGUUUUGGUGCAGCGACUACGGGACAAUCGACCUCUGCUGCCUCAGACCCCAACCAAGCUGCCCACGACUCCACUGGCUAAGGGUGGUGAAAUGAGUCUGGAAGGCACCAGUGCCACUCCUACGGCUGCCCUGCCUGAAUGCCAUCCCACCCAGGAGGUGACCACAGCCACACAGACCGAGGCCGCAGUGUUCUCCCUCCAUCCUCAGCGGCCAAGCCUCCACUCUGGCCACAACUUCAGCCUCACUGCUGGGGCUGCUGCCAUCCAUCCACCACCACCACCACCUCCUGUGCCCGAAAGCACUCCUGUGGAGAGUGCCUGGCAGGCCCCUCCACCACCACCUGCCCCACUGCCCUCCCCUAACCAUAACCCAGGUGUGGGGGAGCCUCUGUCAGAGAGUGCAGCCUGUGGAGGUGCAGCACUCUCAGGAGCCCAGUCUGGGGUGUGGGGUGCAGAGGGGGUGGCUCCCAAAGCUACCCUGGGAGCCAGCUGUGGUGAGCCAGAACAGGAGGAGGCCAUGAUGGAUGAUCUUGGGGAGCCCACACUGGUGCACACACUGGCAGAGGCUGACCAGUCACAAGAUGCAGUGGAGGGAGACUGGGGUGAGGACUCCCAGGCAGAGGGCAUUGUGCAGGCUGAGGGCAGCCGGCCAUCAUGCAGCUCUCACUCUCUCCCUAUCUCACAGCAUCCUGGCUGGCUUCCUUCCCGGGAUGCUUCCUCCCAGCUGGAGAUGGAGGUAGAGGUGGAAGGUCUAGUGGAGAGUGAUGCAGCAGAAGCAGCUGCUCUUGGGGUGGGUCAUCUCCUCUUCCUGGAUCAGCAGAGUCAGGAGUUAGAUGAGGUGCCCAUCAAGUUACAGAGCCCAGAGGGAAGCUCUCCUGCUGACACCCCAGAUCAGCCUCUGCCUCAGCACCACAAUAACCACCACCACCAUCACCACCAGCAGCAGCGCUCCCAAUCACCUGAUGGGAGUGAAGGGUGACGGAAACAGGUACGCAGCUGCUCCUUCUCAUGCUGUCAUGGGAGGAAGAAGGAAGGAAAAGGGUGGCGACCAUCAGUGGAAGCCAAAAGAAUGAAAAGUAUAACAGAGGAACCUCACAGUAUUGCCAGAGGGGAGGCAUUGAUGUUUGGGGAGGAUGAGGAGUUAAGUGAUGAAGAGACGCAGGAACAACAGGCAUGUGUGAUGUCCAGUCCAGUGCUAAUGCUGAGCUCUUGUUUGGUGAGCUUCUUCACUUUGUUCAUGUGCAAGAUGAGGGUUAACCAGCCCACCCACAAAUGAAGGCCAGUAUCUUCCAUAGCAUCCAUUCAGUCAGUCGGAUUACCAGGUCAUCAGCAUGAGAACAAAAACAUUGAGGGAGGAGUGCAUGAUAGUGUCAGCAGUAAGUUGAGUACACCCAUCACACAGCAGCUGUUAAAACAUACAACUGUGCAGUCACAGUAAUGUGCUGGAGCUAGUUACAGGAGUAAAAUUACUCAUUUCUUACAUCAAAAUUAAGGCACUGUGUGUAUAUCAAAUAAUAUUAGCAAAAACUUUAAUUGUCAGAAAAUUUUUCCAAAUGUUAUAUGUAGGAUUUGUUGUUUAGUGUUAUCAGCUGGUCCACAUUGCUGCCAUCUGUGUAGCAUGUCUCUGUAAGCAUUGGGACCAUGUGACCAGCCAACCUGUAUUCUGCUCAAACAAGUUUUGGAAGGUUCCUUUCUCUGGAGUCUGAUGGACUUUCCAGGAGCUGGGAAUGUUGUACCACAGACCAGCCCAUGACAAUCAGAGCUUAUGAGUAACCAUGUUGUCAGUGUCAGGUUAUGUAUUUGAUCUUAGUGUGAUGAUUGUGCCAAAGGCUGCCUCAUAUCACAGAGGAGAGCCCAGGACUCAUUGUAACAAGUUAAAUACUUUUUUGAUUCUAUUGCACUUGAAAUAUCAUGUGUGUUAUAUACCAUCAUUACAGUUAGUGUAUGAAGGUUAUGAAGAAGCCUGAAAUUACUACAUUUCCACACUUUAAAUACUUAAUUUCUCAUAAUUCUAAAGUUUCCAGCCUGACUACCCUAUGGUCAUCUUGUUGCAGCUUGUGUUUCUCAAUAGGAUUACUUUUCAAAGCAUUAUGUACUCAUAUGGUCAUCUUUUACUUUUCAAGAUAUUACUAGAUAUUACUCAUGUAGUACUCAUUUUGUCAGUGUUACAAUUUGGUGUUGCCAGCAUCUUGACCUCCCCCCAGUGAGACCUGGCCUGUCUCUUGCCUUUCACCAGUGUGACCUGGCCUGUCCAUCCCCGUCCCAGUGUGACCACGCCUUUCUCUCCCAUUCCCAUGUUACCUGGCCCAUCUCUCCCCUUCCCUCAGUGUGACCUGACCUGUCCUGUCCCUCUUCCUUAGUGAGUGUGACCUGAUGGUCCCUCUUCCUUUGUGUGACCAAACUUUCCCUCUUCCUUUCUAAGUGUGACCUGAUCUGUCCCACCACCUGCCAAUAGAAUCUGUUCCCUUUGCACUAGGGUCCAGCCCCUUCAGUCUGUUUCCCCUCCCCCUCCAGUGUGACUGGCUAUAUGUGCUGGAGGACAUCUUACCAUCAACAUGUUCUUGCUGGAAACGUUAACCUCAGAGUCAUUGUUUCCUAGUGUUCCUUGAGUCUGUAUUCCUUAGGGCUCAAUACCAAGGAACCACAGCAUCCUGAAGUGUUUAGUGAAGUACUGCCAUCUGGUAUCCAGGCAAUACAUGAGUCAUGUCAUGUGAAAACUGUUCAAGUUUUAGGUAAUAUUGAAUUCAUAUUCCAUAUAAAUCAAAAGAAUAAGUGAUAUUUUACUUAUUUUUAUGGAUAUUUUUGCAGUUUCUCUUUAUUUCCAAAGUGGAGAAAUACUUUUCAUUAUGGUAGUGGAUUGUGAAACAUUGAAGGUCCAGUGAAAUUGAUUGGAAGCAACAUGGCAGUAAGAGCUGAGGUGAAAGUUCUGUGGUGAGUGAAUGUUCUGCCGUAAGAAGGUUUGGCAAGUCUCAGAAUAUGUGAACUAAAGAGGAACAAGGCAGAUAGUACAUGUUCAACCAUGCAUUGUUAUGAACCUACUCUGCUUUGUGUAUCCAGCUUAUUGCAGCAUUUAACCAGAGUAUAAAUGUAAGCUGAAGUUAACAAGGCUAUUAUAAUCAAAGUAAAUCACAG